AUGUAUGGGGUGCCGGAAAACUUCUUGGAGGUAGAGGUGAAGGAUCCGAGGACUUGUUCCUUUGGCCGCAAGCAGUACACUGACUAUGAGAUAGUCACGAGAACGAACAUUCCGGCAUUCAGACUGCGCUACUCGAGCGUUCGACGACGGUAUUCUGACUUCGAGUACUUCAGGGAUGUACUAGAAAGGGAGUCGACCCGGGUCAACAUUCCGACGCUGCCUGGAAAGGUCUUCACAAAUAGGUUCAGUGACGAAGUCAUCGAAGCCAGGAGGGAAGGGCUCGAAAGAUUUCUAGUGACCGUGGCCGGGCAUCCGCUUUUGCAAACCGGAUCCAAGGUUCUCAUCUCAUUCUUGCAGGAUUCUACUCCGAAUUGGCAAGCGCGCGGAGGAGGCGCGUGGUGA